AUGCCUCCUCAGUGCGGUGCGAUCGGUUGUUCGAACAAAGUUGACGCGGAGUCGAAACGGCUCGGUAUUUCGUUCCACAGGGUCCCCACGAGGCCGGAGCUCAGAGCCCUCUGGAAGAAAGCUCUGAGACGGGACUUUGAGAUCACCAAGUACACCCUGAUCUGCAGCGCUCACUUUGAGGAGAAGGAUAUGGACCGGACGGGUCAGACCACACGGCUCCGCGAGGGGGUGGUGCCCUCUGUGUUCAACUUCCCCUUGGAGGACGCAGAGGAACAGCCGCGCAGAUCCAAGAGGAAGAGAAUAAAGACUAAAAAGGCAGGAAAAAAACUAGCAGGAAGUCCAACUAAACGAUCUGGAAAAGUGUAUCUCCCAGAGGCUUCGGCCCCGACCAGAGAGCCGACUGCCAGAAAGUCCAUCCGCAGCUCUGCUCGACGGGUCAUGAAAGUGGAGGCUAUGGAAGCAGGUCUGACUGCCGCUGCUGGUCCUUCUGUUGCUGGUGCUGCUGCAACUGCUGGUUCUGAUGCUGCUGCUGGUCCCGCUUUCCCUGCUGAGGACCACCACUACGCCAUCGACCCGGACAACGUGAAGCAGAAGCUGGACGAGGCGUACGCUCGCAUCGACGACCUGCACAAGCAGCUGCGGAACUGCAGAGACCAGAUGAGACGCCGAGACGCAGAGUUCGCACUUCUGCUGAACGAGACGGAGAAGCAGAACGCACUGAUGCACGAGCUCAUGGAGGGCAGCGAACUAUGGAUCUUCUGCGAUAAAUGUGGAGCCAAGAAGUGA